AAAAGUGCGCAGCGUAGCAGUGCAGACAAAGGACGGAGGCAUCUUUCUGGGAAGCACUGUUUAUGUCUCCGGGAAUGUGCGUGUAUUCAUCCAGAUUCACCGCCCACGCGCGCGUGGAAGAGGCUGACUGGAGCAGAUCGGUUCCUCCACACACCAAAAGUUACUGAAACUUCACAGAACACUUUAAACCCGUUCAACCGGGCGUCGGGCGUCACGGUCCUUUUCCCAUCAGUCCUUGGUUAUUAUUGUAUGCACAGAGUUUUUAGCCAUGCGUGUGGAGCUGAGCUUAGUGUGUGUGGUGUUAAUGUGCGUUUUCAAACAGACAAGAUCCUGUUUAAUGAUCAGCGAGGUCAACUGUGACAAUCCCAAAUUUGACACUAAGGAAUUUGUGGAGCUGUACUAUGAAGGUACGAAUCCUACUUCUCUUGAUGGAUACACACUUGUGUUCUACAAUGGCAAAGUGGACACCGCCUACCGGGUCAUUGAUCUGAGUGGACACCACACGGAUCAUCAAGGUUUUUUCGUGGUUGGCUCUUCCGAACUGAAUCCCCGUCCUGCCAUCUCUCUUCCACCCAACUCUGUUCAGAACGGGCCCGAUGCCAUCGCGCUCUACGGCUCCAACUGGGCACCAGUUGUCGAAAGGGGACCUGUUUCAGCAGUGGGGUUGCUGGACGCCAUUGUGUACACUUCACGUAAAUCUGUAGAUGGCGCCGACGGCCUUGCGUCUGUUCUGACUCCCGGCUCGGUCACGUACGUGGAGGAUGAGGCGGCUCUGGAGGGGGACGAGUCCAUUCAGCGCUGCUGGCAGUCAGAAAACCUGUGGUCGUUCUACACCGGUCCACCGACCCCUGCGUGGGUCAAUCACUGCCCGCCACCAACCCCUGCAGGGGUUUGGAUCAAUGAAGUCGACCUCAGUGGGCCGGACCGACGGGGCAAUGUGGAACUCAGUGUUGGGAUGGCGACCGGAACAUAUUCUUUGGUGCUUUAUGAUGUUACUACGGAUCUGAUUAGCAUGAGUGUGGAGUUCAUUGCAAAAGAGUCUGGAAUAUUAGCUGUACCAGUGAACACUGCGAGUUUGUCAGUGCCACUAAGUGCAGCAUUGGCGUUGUAUAAAGGCCCGGCAUCAGACUUCCCUAAGGACGGCCCCCUCAGGCACGAACAGCCAAUCGAUGCCUUUGUUUACGGCGACUCUGCGCACAUUCCCAGUGACAACCUCACAGAGACACUCAUACCUGGGAGGAAAACCUUCAUCCUCACAGACAGUUUUCUCACAGCAGGUCUUCAUGCCAGCCGCUGUGGUGUUGCUGAAUGGACGAGAGAUCCAGGACUGUUUGUAGCAAGGCCCAAGAGUCCCGGAAAACCCAAUGACUGCAUUUGGUUUCAGUCCUGCCCGCUUAACAUGACCUCUUUCACGGAGUCAGGACGGACCCAGCCCCCGAUUCAUAGAGAUGUUGAUUUCCUGCUUAAUGAGAUCAACACUGACUCGCCAGGAGCAUUCGAGGACGAGGAGUUCAUAGAGUUGUGGCAUCCGUCUGGCUUCCGUAUGCAGCUGGAUUUCAUCUGGCUGGUGAUGAUCAAUGGACAAUCUGGAAUAGUGUACUAUGAGCUGGAGCUGAAUGGAUAUUACACAGAUGAUGACGGAUACUUCCUGAUUGGUAGUUCAAAGUUCAGCCCUGACAUUAGAAUCCCAAUGAACGUUAUUCAGAACGGACCGGAUGCCAUCGCGUUAUAUCGCAGCAAGUCUCCGCCCUCUGAAGAGGGUCCAAAUAUCCCCAGAAAGGGUUUGCUGGACGCGGUGGUUUAUCGCUCUCGUGGGUCUGAUAAAAAGGUUUCCGCGCUAACAGAAGUGCUGACUCCAGGACAGCUCCCUCUGCUGGAGGACAUCAACGCGUUACCCGCCGACGAGACCCUCAGUCGCUGUGGAACCGAGAGACUCAACCUCAACGCUUUCAGGGUCACUUCUCCCACACCAGGGAAGAAAAAUAACUGUCCCCCAAAACCCACUCUACCCUCGCCUCCUGAGGGUCUCAUCAUCAAUGAAUGGAGUGAGAUGUCCGGGGUAAACCAAUCACAGAAGAGUAUAUUUAUGGAGCUGACUGGUCCCCCGUUGACUCCACUGAAUGGACUUGUUUUGCUGUUUUUCGGGGAAAACGCUACAGAAUUGAGCGUCCCGAUCACUGGCAGCACAGGAAGUGACGGGUUUUAUCUGAUCGCCAAUGAUUCUCGCGCAGAUCAGGGUUUGCCAGCUCUGGGUCAUUUGGGUGCAGUGCUGUUGUGUUUUGAGCCGUCAGGAUCAGGAUUGUGUGGGAGCGACUCGCAUCAUUUGGACUGGAUAGUUUUUUCCAACGACCCGAAGUUAAAGCGAGUUCUGCCGCACAACAUGACGCGCUUCGUGAACAAACUCUUCAACAGUGGGGAUUCUUUAUCUCGAUGUGCAUCAGAUGGACCUGUUCUCUGGAUCUCAUCCCCGCCGACUCCACGAAAGCCGAACCUCUGCCCGAAUCCCACCUUUUCCAGCUCCGCGGAUCUAUGCCUGCAGCCGGAAAAUAAUAACUGGCAGAGCGGAUCAGGAAAUUGCACCCAGGAGGAGUUUGCUGUUUUAUUAGAGCAGUUGUGUAAAUGUGGGAUCUCAAGCUUGCAUGUUAAAGGUGUGAAUGCGUCUUGUGAGGCGGGUCGGUUGUACACGCAGGGGUCUGUUCUUGCUGUUUCUGACCAACAGAGGGAGCGAAUCAUUGAGAUACUGAACCACAACAAGCUCUCCUGUCCAGCUGAACACGGCCAACAAGUUCAUGGAGCGGGGUCAUCGGUCGCGCUGCAGGUCGGGCUUGUGUUCGCAGCGCUCCUGCUGUUUGCACUGGGUGCUGCACUGUUUGUCUAUUUGUACAAAAAAAGGCGUCCUUCUGACUACCUCUCCAUGCAGCUGAGCGAACAGGCCGAGACGCCGCUCGAAAUCUAGUGUGUCUGUAUGAGCGUGCAUGUGUGUGUGGAUGAAUUUCACUUGUUAGUUUAUUAUAAAUCUGAAUGUGUUUUUACUUUAGAUGAAUGCAGGCUCACAGUUUUACAAAAACCUCUUUAAUUAUGCAAUGUUGAUAGUCCGAAGAUUUUAUUUUGUGUUUCAUUUCUUUAGUGUGUAUCAAAUUUUCCAAAAACCAUUGUUUUAUUGAAUUCAAGUGUAUUUUUGAUUCAUAAUGUGACUUUUUAUGUACACACCCAUCAGUGAGCAGUAAAGACUGUAUAAACACAAUAAUAGAAAUCAACGAAUAUUACAAUUGCAUCACAUGUAUCACAUCAUGUCAAGUCUCAAGGUAAAAAUUGUUGUUGGUUUUAAUCAUUUCAAAUCAUAAUUUUCCAAAAUAACGAUUCAUUUCGCAGUAAAGUUCAAGAGAUUUAAAAUCUUGGCAUAGCAGCUUCAUCAGCAGUAGAGAAUCUUUCCUCUUUCAUGAGUCUUUCUGCAGGUGUUGUGUUUACAGAUUUUCUUUUAUGCGUCUGCACAGUAUUAUGAGUCGUUCUCAGGGUCAUCGCAUCAGUGUUUGUCUGCAGUAAAGAGCUUUUCUGUGUGUGGAACUAGUGUGCAUUUAUGGUAAUACAGAGCAAAACACAUUACUUAAAGUUCACUGUUCGUGCAAUUCAUUUCCAUUCUCAGUUGGUAAUUGAUCUUAACAGCCUGUUAAUUAGAUAUUAGUGUUCUGACACUUAAUUGUUAUCCUAGGAUUGCUCUUGACUCUAAAUUUUAAGGACCGGUCAGACAGUCCUCUAGGCUUAUUAAAGAUGUAGAGCUGGAAAUACCCUCACAGGAAAUAAAGGGUUGAGAAGAUGACUUUUUAAUUUUUGUUUUUGUUUUUUUUCAUAUU